GCGUAAUCAUCUGGUAACGUCGCCGUGGUGCAUACAAGAUUUUAUUUUUCACUUUAUUCUUAAAAAACAAUCCAAAAUUAGUUACUUGCUUUCGCUGAGGCAAACGCGUUCUUUCCGUAAAUACAAUACAAUAAUAUGGUAGUCUAUGAAACAAAAUAAACUGUUUACUUAGAAACGUCAAGUUUGAUUUCCAAUUGCAAUAAAGAUGAAUACGCUACCAAAAUUUGUUCAAGAAAAUGCGCAAAAGGCAACAGAAACUUUGCUACCCCUUAAAUCAAAGGAGAAGUACGAAAAAGAAUUCGAAACAUUUACAGCUUGGCAAUCAAAACAUAAAAUAUUUACUAUAAAUGAGACCGUGCUAUUGUCGUACUUUCAGGAACUGUCUGAGAAAUACACUCCUACGUCGCUAUGGACCAAAUACUCUCUUUUGAAAUCAACUUUCAUAGUUAAAAAGAAAACUGACAUUUCAAAUUAUAAUCAACUAAUUUACUUUUUAAAAGUCAAAUCGAAGGGAUAUAAACCAAAAAAAUCACAGGUUUUAACAGGAGAUCAAGUUUUUGAGUUUAUCAAACGUGCCCCUAACGAUAUUUAUCUUUUGCAUAAAGUAGUUUUGGUGAUGGGUGUUUUUGGUGGAUUACGAAGGGAUGAAAUGGUCAAAAUGUGUAUUGACGAUAUCACCGAUAAAGGAUCUGUUGUAAUUGUAAACGUGCCAGAGACUAAAACAGGUACGUCUAAAGGUUUUACAAUCGUGGAGGAAGAAGAAAUAAAUGCUCUUAAGUUAGUUCGACAAUACCUAGCACUAAGACCAAAGCAUACGAAAGAACGCCGAUUUUUCCUCACAUAUAGGAAAGGUUGUUGCACAGUGCAACCUGUCGGAAAAAACACCAUAGGAAGUGUCCCAAAUAUAAUUGCCAAAUACUUAAAGUUAGAUAACCCUCAUCAAUUUACCGGUCACUGCUUGAGACGAACGUCAGCCACUCUUUUGGUUGAAGCAGGAGCAAGUUUUGAAACCCUGAAAAUGCACGGCAAGUGGAAGAGUAACACGGUUGCGCAGAGUUACGUAGAAGAUAGCCUCAUUUCCAAAAAUCGGAUAUCUUGCAUUAUUGCAAGCGCGGUGGGUUCAUCUGGAGGCAAAACCUCGAAUAAUGUUAACCUUACAUCAUAUUCAGAUGAUCACUUGGAACUGUCGUCAUCCAUAUCGGAUAAAAAUAUAAACGUCCCUGGCCUUUCUAACAAAAAUAUUACAUUUUCGGGAAAGUUUGAAAAUUGUAAUUUUCAUAUUGGCGGGUAAUUGUGCUUUCUUUUGUAUUACAAGUAUUUAGUUUGACUUAAUAAAAAAAAUUGAACGAAUAUAAUUAACCUAUUUUGAGGGCGUAAUGAAUUCAUUACGCCCUCUCAUUA